AUGAGCUGUCUCAAGAUUCUGCGGAGCUUAGGUCCCGGCAACAAGUUCUCGACAAGCUUGAGACAAACCAACAGGCGUCAAUUUUCCUCCACGAGACCUGUCGCCCGGGUCAUCGCCUCUCAACCUUUGCGAGCGAAAGAAGCCGAAUCCUUCCCCUAUGGCACCUAUCCGAUCAUAGAUCACGAAUAUGACGCCGUGGUUGUCGGUGCAGGUGGCGCAGGUUUACGAGCAGCAUUCGGUCUUGCCGAAGCUGGCUUCAAUACGGCAUGUAUCUCGAAGUUGUUCCCUACGCGAAGUCAUACGGUGGCGGCGCAGGGCGGCAUCAACGCCGCGCUGGGAAACAUGCACGAGGAUGAUUGGAGAUGGCACAUGUACGAUACGGUCAAAGGAUCAGACUGGCUCGGUGACCAGGACGCCAUUCAUUAUAUGACCCGCGAAGCCCCUCGAUCCGUCAUCGAACUCGAAGGUUACGGAUGCCCAUUCUCUCGAACCGAAGACGGCCGGAUAUACCAGCGUGCUUUUGGCGGACAGUCGCAGAAAUUUGGCAAGGGCGGGCAGGCAUAUAGAUGUUGUGCCGCUGCCGAUCGAACGGGUCAUGCUCUGUUACAUACCCUGUACGGUCAAUCGCUCAACUACAACACCAACUAUUUCAUUGAAUUCUUCGCACUAGACCUGCUCAUGGAGGACGGAGUGUGCAAGGGCGUCAUCGCAUACAACCAGGAAGACGGCACUCUCCACCGAUUUAAGGCGCAAAACACCGUUCUGGCAACAGGCGGCUAUGGUCGAGCCUACUUCAGCUGCACGUCGGCGCACACGUGUACCGGUGACGGCAUGGCGAUGGUCGCUCGUGCAGGUCUGCCGAAUCAGGACCUCGAAUUCGUCCAAUUCCACCCGACCGGUAUCUAUGGGGCUGGCUGCUUGAUUACCGAGGGAUCUCGUGGCGAAGGUGGCUACCUCCUCAACUCCGAAGGUGAACGAUUCAUGGAACGUUACGCUCCCACUGCCAAGGAUCUCGCAUCCCGAGACGUGGUGUCACGAUCGAUGACGAUGGAAAUCCGUGAAGGUCGCGGCGUUGGACCGGAGAAGGACCACAUCUAUCUCCAGCUCAGCCACCUGCCUGCUGAGAUUCUCCACGAGCGACUUCCGGGCAUCUCGGAGACGGCCUCGAUCUUUGCUGGCGUCGACGUCACUAAACAGCCUAUCCCGGUCCUGCCAACAGUCCACUAUAACAUGGGCGGCAUCCCGACCAAGUACACCGGUGAAGUGCUCCGUCUCGACGCCCAGGGCAAGGACGAAGUCGUUCCUGGACUGUUCGCCUGCGGUGAAGCCGCCUGUGUCUCUGUCCACGGAGCCAACCGACUGGGCGCCAACUCUCUGCUCGACUUGAUCGUUUUUGGGCGUGCGGUGUCGCACACGAUCCGAGACAACUUCUCACCUGGCCAGACGCAGAAGGAGCUCGCCGCCGAGGCGGGCGCAGAAUCAAUCAACGUGCUGGACAAGAUCCGGAACUCCAGCGGCCCCAAGAGCACAGCAGAAAUUCGGGCUGCCAUGCAAAAGACCAUGCAGACCGAUGUCAGCGUCUUCCGAACGCAGGAGUCGCUGGACGAGGGUGUGAAGAAGAUCACCGAGGUUGACCAGAUGUUUGACCAGGUGGGCAUCAAGGAUCGAAGCAUGAUUUGGAACUCCGAUCUCGUGGAGACCCUCGAGCUGCGGAAUCUCUUGACAUGCGCGACGCAAACCGCGGCCGCGGCGGCGAACCGCAAGGAAUCCCGCGGUGCGCACGCCCGCGAAGACUACCCGGAACGUGACGACGAGCACUGGAUGAAGCACACCCUUUCGUGGCAGAAGUCGCCACACGGCAAAGUCGAGUUGGGUUACAGAGCGGUCACCAGCCACACCCUUGACGAGAACGAGUGCAAGUCUGUCCCGCCUUUCAAGCGAACGUAUUAA